AGUUGUAUUGAGACGGGAGCUGUAACUUCCGGUCCGGUCUUCUUUGGCGUCGUACGGUUCUUGUGCGGGCGAGGAGCGAAGGUUCCGGAGCAGGGUUUUGUUCGAGACGUUCACCUUCCUGUUUGCACUUGACCGAAAUGAUCAAAGCGUAAGAGGGCAGACUGCAGCCAGUCACGUUAGCUCAAAUAUCUGGGACCUUUGUUUUUGUUUUUGUUUUUGUUUUUGCUCCAGAGAAGACAUUCCAGGACUUGUGGCUUGGCUUCGGGGAACGGGCUGAGACAGCGGCCGGAAGUGAGGCUGCGGGGGAAUGGCAGCCGCAGCGACCAUGGCGGCUGCUGCCCGGGAGCUGGUGUUGCGGGCUGGGGCUUCUGAUAUGGAGGAGGAGGAGGGCCCGCUGGGGGUUGGUUCUGGACUCCAAGAGCCCCUACAACUCGGGGAGUUGGAUAUCACCUCUGAUGAAUUCAUCUUGGAUGAAGUGGAUGUUCACAUCCAGGCAAAUCUGGAGGAUGAGUUAGUGAAGGAGGCUCUCAAAACGGGUGUGGAUCUCCGACACUAUUCAAAGCAGGUGGAACUGGAGCUGCAGCAGAUUGAGCAGAAAUCAAUCCGGGACUAUAUCCAAGAGAGCGAAAACAUAGCGUCUCUGCACAAUCAGAUCACAGCCUGUGACGCCGUCCUGGAGCGCAUGGAGCAGAUGCUGGGAGCUUUUCAGAGCGACCUCAGCUCCAUCAGCUCUGAGAUCCGGACCCUGCAGGAGCAGUCAGGGGCCAUGAACAUCCGACUUCGUAACCGACAAGCAGUUCGGGGGAAGCUUGGGGAACUCGUGGAUGGGCUAGUGGUGCCCUCUGCUCUGGUCACAGCAAUCCUGGAAGCUCCUGUGACUGAGCCCAGGUUCCUGGAGCAGCUGCAGGAGCUGGAUGCCAAGGCAGCCGCUGUCAGAGAGCAGGAGGCUAGAGGCACUGCUGCCUGUGCAGAUGUCAGAGGUGUGCUUGACCGCCUCCGAGUCAAGGUGGGGAGUGGUCUGCUAAAGUCAGCUUCCCAAGCCCUUCCUGCUGUGUCCCCCUGUGCAGUGCAUUGUUGGCCCUCCAGAUCCUCUGAAAAUCUAAAGAGACUGGAGAUGCGGCUCAGUUGGUAGAGAGCUUGCUUAGCAUGCACGCAGCUCCGGGUUCAGUCCCCAGUGCCGUGUACGUUGGCAUGAUGGCACAGGUCUGUUGUCCUAGCGCUCAGAAGGUGCAAGAAGAAAUAGAGUUUGGGGCCAGCCCUAGAUACGUGAGACACUGCCUCAAAAACAAGCAGUGCUCACCUUGGCAGCGUAGAAACUAAAAUUAGAGCAAUACAGAGAAGAUUAGCAUGACCCUUGUGCAAAUAAUGGAUGACACGCAGAUUAUAAAGCCUUCCAUAUUUACAAAGUGAAACAAAACAAAAACAAAGAUA